UAAAUUUGAUUGUUUAGAGCGAAAGUUUCUAUAAACAUUUCCCUUAAUGUUAAGGUGGAAACACUUUUCCAAGAGUAUAAGGUUGCAGACUUAUAUAAAGGUUUUACCAUAAGAGAACUUUUAAAAAAACAGAUGCCUAUAAAUUACAAAUUGAGGCCCUCUAUAAUUUUCGUAUAUACGAGGGGUAGUCUUUGGAAUCUGAUCUGCCGAAAAGUUAAACAAUGAAAAAGUGAGAGCAAUACAGUAAUAUUUCCAUGGAAUUGGUUGGCCCACGAUUGUUUCAAAAUUGAAGGCAAUCACAGACCAACAAAUAAAAGGAAGGGCCCUGGAAGUCUCUUAUCCUUCUCUUUCUCUCUCUUCGCGUCUCUUUCUCUUUCUCUCUCUCACUCUCUUCUGCCCGGUCUGAGACAUGGCAACCAUCACCCCUGUCACAAUGAGCCUGCCCUCCAAAUUUGGCAAACCCCUUCAAAAUCUUCCCCAAAUUGUGUCCAAAAUCUUCCCCAAAUCGAACUUCACAAAACCCACCUCUCUAACAACAAGAUCUUUGGCCAAAUUUCUUGAACACCCAAUUAACCAGAGAGAUCUGGCUCAGAGUUUCAACAAUACCAUUCAGCAUUGCAAGAGAACACCUGUUCCUUUGCUCUCUGUCUCUUUGCCUUUCUUCCUAGUUCCUGAGGAUGCACUUGCAAUCAAUGGUGAAUUCGGGUUACUCGAAGGUCGAACCGUGUCUCUGGUCCACCCAAUUGUGAUGGGCUCCCUCUUUGUGUAUAGCCUAUGGGCUGGUUAUUUAGGAUGGCAGUGGCGGAGAGUGCGCACCACCCAAAACGAGAUCAAUGAGCUCAAAAAACAAGUGAAGUCCCCACCACAGGACUCUCAAGGAGCGGCUACAGCAACUGCUACUCUUACUGUUUCUCCUGUUGAAACCAAGAUACAGGAACUUACUGAGGAGAGGAAGCAAUUGUUGAAAGGAUCUUACAGAGAGAGGCACUACAAUGCAGGAUCUAUCCUUCUCGGAUUCGGAGUAUUUGAAUCAGUAGGGGGGUGCCUCAACACAUGGUUUAGGACUGGGAAGCUUUUCCCAGGUCCCCAUUUGUUUGCAGGAGCAGCAAUCACGGUGCUAUGGGCAAUGGCAGCUGCACUUGUACCUCCAAUGCAAAAAGGGAGUGAAACAGCAAGGAACUUACACAUUACUCUCAAUGCCCUAAAUCUCAUUCUCUUUGCCUCGCAGAUACCCACGGGCAUAGAUAUUGGGUUCAAGGUCCUUGAGUUCACAAAUUGGCCAUGACUUACCCCACAUAUCUAAACUGAAAGAGAGGAAACUUUUUGGGGUUCUCAUUUUUUUUAAUUUUUUGGUGCUGUUCUAAAGUGAAAACCCAACUGCUCAGUUUGUGCUCGGUUGAUAUAAAUUGUAGUGUAUAUUCAUUUUUUUGAACACUCCUAUUAAUGGGACUCAAAUGCUGAGAAUUCACACUAAUAUGACCACUUUUCAUAUAGAAAA